GGGUCGGGGGUCCCGGGCCAUGAGCCGGAAGCGGCCCCGGCUCGUCCCGGAAACCUUCGGGUGCAAGAGGCAACAAGGGCCAGGGGGGGCCGGUGAGGAAUUCCCGAAGGGGUCGGUGCGCAGGGCCCUUCGGGAACUGGGCCAAUUGUUCCCCAGGCGGCUCUUCCAGGACGCGCUGCCUCCCAUCGCCCUCAAGAGCCAGGUGUACAGCCUCGUGCCAGACCGGACCGUCGCCGACAGGCAGCUGAGAGAACUUCGGGAACAAGGGGAGAUUCGAAUCAUUCAACUUGGCUUUGAUUGUGAUGCUCAAGGGAUUGUCUUCACUGAAGAUUUUAGGACCAAAGCCCUGGAAUCUUGCAGGGGCUGGCCAUUUGAAGGGACAGUGAAGAAGUUUCUAGCCCUGGUACUUCCAGCCUGUGGAGACCUCAGCUUUCAACAGGAUCAGAUGAUCCAAACCUUUGGUUUUAGGGACUGUGAGAUAACGCAGCUGGUUAAUGCUGGAGUCCUCACAGUCCGAGAUGCUGGGAGCUGGUGGCUGUCAGUGCCAGGAGCUGGAAGAUUUGUAAAAUAUUUUGUUAAAGGGCGACAGGCAGUACUUGGAAUGGUUCGAAAGUCCAAGUAUCGGGAGCUGUCCCUUUCUGAGCUUCUAGGCAGACAGGCUCCUCUGUCUGUGCGGCUUGGUCUUCCCUAUCAUGUACAUGAUCUAAUUGGAGGACAGUUGCUUGACAUUGUCCCUACCACAUCUGGGACUCUUCUUCGCCUGCCUGAAACAUAAAGAUUCUGGUUAUAUCUAUUCCUACUUCAUGUGUAGAUAUAACCUGCAAUCCAAGAUGUCACUGUUGACUUAACACAGAUGGAAAUAGCAUUUCCAGAGGAGUCUUCCCUUGAAAGGUCUGGAGUUGAGACUACGCUUUGGCUCUCUGGGUUGAUGGGACAGAUAUAAUCAUUGUUGUUUAUAUUUUGGGCGGUGGGACCAUGCUUGUCCAACUCUGCCAAGGAGGAAGAUCAGAAACUAUGUCAAUGUUUUGGUUAUUGCCUUUCACAUAGAAUAUAUGUUAUUUUGUUAUAGAUGGAGUAGAUGCAGAGAGGAUGGAAUUCUCUUUUUUGCUUUUCAAAUCACCAAAUAAAUUAUUGUUUUUUCUGUGA